ACUAUUUACUUAUAAAGCGAUAAAAAAAACUUAUAUUUUGCUCAAAAAAAACUUAUAUUUAUUACAUGCAAAUGAGAAAAAAUAUGACUAAAAUUCUCAUGAUUGGUUAUGCUUUGAUGAUCUUUAUUUUCCUAUCGAUUGCUGUAUCCAUUACAGGUGACAUUUCAGGGAAUCUUGCCCGUGCUUCUCGAAAGAAGCCAGUGGAUGUCAUUCCAUGCAUUUAUGACCAUGAUUGUCCAAGGAAGCUAUAUUUUUUGGAACGAUGUGUUGGUAGAGUUUGCAAGUACUUAUGAAUAUAGUAAUUAAGUUUAAAAAUAAUUAUGAUACCUCUAAGAGUAUGAUUUUAUAUAUACUUCAAAAUUCAAUUUAUAUUUUUCCAGCCUGUCAAUUUUUAUAAAUAAAACAAAAGUGUAUAAUUAUAAUAUGCAACUAUUGUUACCUUCAUUUAUCAUAGAAGAUAUACUAAAAAAAUAAUGUUACUCCA